UAAUUGGAGUAAAACCCUCCCAGUAAACUGUAUGGUCAUCUGGCUCUGUUCGUGACUAUAUACCGUCUCUUGCUGGUGGCGGAAAUUUUGCAGAUAUGGUUGACGAAGAGCUGUCUCGUUACGUCAUCGACGAGUUGGAGGGCCUGGAGGAAGGCGUCAGGCAGGGAACAGGCAGCUUCGGCUCCGUGUACAAGGUGAGGGUGAACGGGAUGCCGUGCAUCGCCAAGCGACUCCACGACAUCCUAGAUCACCGCCAGGCGGCCGCGUCGCCUGGCAGCCCCGCUAGAGCUACGAUCCAGGAACGAUUCCGCAACGAGUGCCUGCUGUUGAGUCGCAUCCGCCACCCGAACAUCGUCCAGUUCCUGGGAGUCCACUACGGGGCCAACUCGGGGGACUUGUCGCUAGUUCUCGAGCAUCUUCACAUGGAUCUGGAGCAAUGCCUGGCUACCUACCCCAACAUGCCGCUCUCCAUCAAACUCGGCGUCCUGAAAGACGUCUCGUAUGGCCUGCUCCAUCUCCACACUCGAAAGCCGGCCAUCGUCCACCGCGACCUGACGGUCAGCAAACGUCCUUGUCACGCCGGACAUGCGCGCAAAGAUAGCCGACCUGGGCGUCUCCCGCCUCCUAGACGUAUCUCCUAUGCAGCUAUCUAACGUUACAGCCUGCCCAGGUACACUAGCCUACAUGCCUCCGGAAGCUCUGCGACCUAAACCCCUGUACGACGACCGUUUGGACAGCUUCUCUUUCGGCGUUCUAGCUCUCUGUACAGCCACUCAAGAGUUCCCCAAUGUCUUCUACGGCAUGGAAAUCCCCGAGAAGGUCCAGCGAGAGGGAACUUCUGAACUGUACAAGAGACAGCAGGCGAUGGAGAAGUUACCUUUAGGUCACUGUCUCCAUGAGCUCAUCGUCCAGUGUCUGAGUGACCAUCCGGACAAGCGACCGACGGCUGCCGGGAUCAACAAGACCAUGAAAGAACUGUGCGUCAGUCUUCCCAAACGGUUUCCCUCUGUCCUCGAGAUGCACACAGAGAUCUGGAAGUUGCACGGGGAGCGGCAGCAGAUGGCUAUGACUUUGGAGGAACAGGUGACUAGUGCACAUGAGCCAUAGCAGGUCCCUAAAGUUCCCUACCUGCCGUAUCAAGUCUCCAAGUGUUGAAAACAAUACCGACAUGUUGGCAUGUCAUAAAGACAGACACUUCACCUUUUCAGGGGGCCACUACAUAAUGUGUUACAGUAAGGCGUAACCAUUGGCUUAGAGGCCUGUGGCUCUAACUCAAACCUAGUCUGUUUUUAGCUGGGCUGCCUUUUGCUUCCUAAGAACACACUCGCUUUUGUGUGAGUCCAAUCAGCUAUAUAAAAUGUAUUUCUCUAUUACUCUAUUGCUAGUGGUGGCAAUGCCUGGAGGCAAGAAGCUGUAUUAUAAGCAACUUACUCUGCUAGCCUAAAGACGACUAUUAGUGCUGUGUACUAUAUCCACAGAGUCCUAGGGUGGUGGUGGCUGAAGUGGAAGAGUACACCAGUCAGAUACAGAGACUCAGAGAGGCCAACCAGGCUCUGGAGAAGAGGAACUCUGAGCUGGAGGAGAGACUGAGAGAGCUCCACCUGGCUGCAGAGGGAGGUGACCUCACUCCACAGCAGCAGCACCACCAGCAGCGAGCUGUACCCCAGGACCACCAGGAAGUGUGUCCUCCAACGCACGGACUCAACCCAGGGGUGCGAUCUCCACGGGACCACGAAUACGUCAACAUCUCCUUCACCACGCCCAUACCUGUCACCACCUCCUCCUCCUCGGCCGAUAACUUCCUCACCCCAAUUAAUGCCCCCCACCCUCCGACCCCUGCCAGCACGCGACAGUUCGAUCGUCACUCUCCCUGUCCAACAGACCCGGUGGCCACCGACUUUCACGACUUUCCGGGAAACGGACACUUUUCAGGGCUCUCGUCGACCAUGAGCAAUGCCAGCACAGCCUCCGGGCCGGGGUCAGCCCCUGCAUUCGACCCUAAUCUCAAAUGCAAGGGUUGCGAGCGGCAGUUUCGAGAGGGAGAGAUCCAGGCUUUCAAACGACACUCUGUGGGCUGUGAGAAGCUGCAGCCUCAUCUUCGACACCCAUCUCCGACCGUGGAAGACGACGUCGUCGAGGAGGGGUACACAGCAGAACAGGAGAUGGACCCGAACCUCACUUGUAUUGGAUGUGGGGCGGGGUUUAGAGAGAGGGAGAUUCAGAAAUUCCGCAAACACUGUCGCUCGUGUCAGCCGUAUGAGCAAGAGAUGGCUAGGAGACGUGCCCAGAGCAUGGCAGAGAAAGAAACACACACAGACAGCACAGGGACAUGAAUAGCAGUUGAUAUUCAUUAGCAUAGUUGUUUUUGUCGUGUAAGUGUUUCAUGUACAUGAAUUUGCUAGUCUCGUGCCCAUGGUAGAUGAAAAUACACACAAAUGAAGUG